GAGAGAGAGAGAGAGAGAGAGAUGUCUCGUUUUAAUUUUUUCCUUCGCGCUUUAAAGAGCUUGCCAAGUGAAUUCCACGUGAAGGAGAUUUCUGGGAAUAAUCGGCUGAUUGGAUAAGAAGGUUAUUCUGUGGAAAGAAAACAAACAACAAUGCCACACCGACGCACGGUUCAUUCCUGGCGCUGCCUCUUGUUCACGCGGACGUGCGGCAUUUCCCAGUUCAUUCCCAUUAUUGCAGAGUGUCAGUAGUAGGCGGUGACCGGAGCUGCCUGCCUGCUGCCGGUGUCUCGAGCUGAUCCGCUUCCUACAGCCUGCCCCCGGUGUAGAUAUGACUUCCUGGCUACAUAAAUACGGUAACCCGACUCUGCAUCGCGUGCUGCUCUGCGUGGUAUUGGCCGCUAACAUCAUCGGCGGGAACACUCAUUCCGGUGAGAGUGUGUGUUCGUCUCCUCCUGUCUCGUCGUGUUCAGAGUGCCUCCGACGCGGACCACAGUGUGCCUGGUGCUUUGAGGAGGGUUUCCUGGAUGGAGCAGAGAUGGGAGAGCGCUGCGACUUGGCGGGGACCCUGGCAAGGAGGGGGUGUGACCUAGAGUUCAUAGAGCAUCCAGAGGUCAUGGUGGAGGUCAACGCUACGACCAGCAGCACUCAGGUGUCACCUGGAGCGAUCACCAUCACACUCAGACCAGGUGCUGAGGCCAGUGUGAUAGUAGCAGUACAGCAGUUAGAGAGGUAUCCUGUUGAUCUGUACUACCUGGUGGACGUAUCAGCAUCCAUGCAGGAAAACCUGGACCAGCUGAAGACGGUGGGCGUGGCCUUGUCCCACCGUAUGAGAGAACAUUCCAGUGAUCUGCGUCUGGGGUUCGGCUCCUUCGUUGACAAACCUGUCUCCCCCUACAUCAACGUACACCCCUCUAAGAUAAAUAACCCCUGCAGUGACUUUGAGGUGAAGUGUCGACCAGCCCAUGGCUUCCACCAUGUUCUUAGUAUGACGGCAAACAUGUCUGAGUUUACACGCGUCAUCAAGAGACAGAGGAUAUCAGGCAACAUGGACACACCAGAGGGAGGGUUAGAUGCUAUGCUGCAAGCUACUGUAUGCCAGGGUGAGGUGGGUUGGCGUGGGGAGGCCAAGCGUCUGUUGUUGUUGAUGACAGACCAGCCUUCUCACCUGGCGUUGGACAGUAGACUGGCUGGCAUAGUCACACCCCACGACGGCCACUGUCAUCUGGAGAACAACAUCUAUAUGGAGAGUACUACCAUGGACCAUCCCAGUUUAGGCCUGCUGGCCGAGAAGCUUCUAGAGAACCACAUCUACUCUCUCUUUGCUGUGGAACAACUACAAUAUCAGUGGUAUGAGGAGUUGGUCAGGUUGCUACCAGGCUCUAAUCUUCUGUUCCAGGCUCCCAACCUUAUAGACGUGGUGGUGGACGCAUACAAGAGGUUGUUGUCAGUUGUCCAGGUGUCCGUGUCAGUGGAGGACAGAGCGUUCAGUCGUUUCCUGGUCAGUGUCUCUCCUCUCUGUCCGGAAGGAUCUGUAUCCCACGACAACCGCAGCUGCUCCAACGUCCAGCCCAACCAGACGGUCUACUUCAACAUCACCAUCGGCCUGCACUCCUGUCCUGACGAUCAUGAUGAUGAAGAUGACGUGGUCCAGGUCUUCGUCAGGCCCGUGGGUUACAAUGAGUCAGCCAUCAUCAAGGUUCACUCACGAUGUCGCUGUCACUGUGGACCGGACUGGCGUUGCCACGACGAUACCACACAUCAGUCAACGUGUGGAGAGGACACCCCAGAUACAGACCAUAAUAAUCAAGACUUGAACAAUCCGGACAUGCACACACGCACACCGGACCUAGACCCAGAGCACACACCCACACACCCUCACACACACGGACCGGCGUGGUCGUGGCAGUGUCGUGAGGGGGGAUCGGGGGUGGACUGUAACGGUCGGGGAGUGUGUGUGUGUGGGAAGUGUGUGUGUGAGAGGAACAGUCUGGGAACAGUCUAUGGACAGUACUGUCAGAUGGACGACUACUCCUGCCCCUACCAACACGGACUACUGUGUGGAGGGCGAGGUAUGUGUGUGUCUGGUGAGUGUGUGUGUGAGGAGGACUGGACAGGGGAGAGCUGCAUGUGCCCAGUCUCCACAGCAACCUGCCUGUCCGACAACGGGGUGCUAUGCAGCGGGCGUGGCAGGUGUGUGUGUGGCAGGUGUGUGUGUGACGACCAUCAAUAUUCCGGAGCGUUUUGUGAGAGAUGUCCCACCUGCCACAGCUCCUGUCAGUCACACUGGAGGUGUAUAGACUGUCACUUGUCUUACGGUCUGUCUCAGAGAGAGGCGGGGCAGUGCAACCAUACCUGCGCCCCAUUAGUGGGUUACGUCAAUGAUGUCACAGUCCUAGUAGGUCAGGAAUGGAGACAGUGUGUGUAUAAGAAAGACAACUGUAACUAUCGCUUCCACACUGCACUUGUCUCAGGAAAUACUCUUCUACAUUUCAACACACAACCUGAGUGUGUAUCCAGUAGGCGGUAUGUGGGGACCUUCCUCAGUGUGUGUGUGUUGACGUUCCUCCCUGGCUUGGUGAUGCUGGCUGUACUGGUGCUGCUGCUGCAGAGACGAUCUUUGCCACAGAGUGGCGCCACUGACCAACAAUACAACCCCACUGGCAAGGAUCUGUCACACAUCCCAGCGACCAAUGAGAAGACGGUAUCCUACCGGAGGGACCGCCCCCCGAGCCCUGACCGUCCGAUGGAGAUGCAUAUCACCGUUCCCAAGAUGCCCCUGGGCGAACCCUGGCAGUGAGGUCAGGGGUUAGAGGUCAAAGGUUGAAGUGGGCCAUUGCUGACAGGUACAAAAAAGCAGCACCUCUAAUAUUAUACUGCUUGAGAACCAGCAACUCUGAAAAACUAAGCCCAGGUACGGUAAAAUUACAGUGGGCAGGCCUACAGGAAUCUUUUCUCAGUCCACUUGCACUGGUUACAGGUUAGGGGAAGGAUACUAAAUCAUGAAAAACUGGACAGGGUAACACUGAUACUGUCAUUUUAUGUGGCUUUAUGGACUGGCAGCCAUUGAAAGGUACUGAACAUUGAUCAUUGAUAGAAUUAUCAAUGCUAAAUAUGUAUGCUUUUAUCACAGAGAACACUAAAAGUGUAUUAGUUUACUUGAUCUCUCUCUCGCUCCACUCAACCUGUGGGUCCUGUGUUAGCUUGCCACCUAGUGGUCAGAAUGAAUAAUUGAAUGAAUGAAUGAAUGAAUGAAUGAAUGAAUGAAUGAAUGAAUUAAUUAAUUAAUUAAUUAAUUAAUUAAUGGUGACGUUGCAGCAGCAGUAAAGUGUGAAUAUGUGACACUCCACAAUCAUUACCUUUUUUUGCCUGACACCAAAUCUACAGUACCAGUCAAAAGUUUAGACACCUACUCAUUCAAGGUUUUU